UCUCCUCCUCGUGAAGGGAAACCUCGUCUCUCUCUCCUCGAGAAUUACGCUGCACUAACCACAAAACCCAUCCACGGCCAGAAAAAUACGAGAGAGAGAGAGAGAGAGAGAGAAUGACGGCAGCGGGAGGAGGAGCGAGGACGCCGACGUGGAAAGAGAGGGAGAAUAACAAGAGGAGAGAACGUCGCCGGCGAGCCGUUGCGGCGAAGAUUUUCGCCGGACUUAGAGCUCAGGGCAACUUCAGACUCCCCAAGCACUGUGACAACAACGAAGUCCUCAAAGCCCUUUGCGCCGAUGCCGGUUGGAUCGUCGAAGACGAUGGCACCACCUACCGAAAGGGGUCCAGACCAAUACUGGCGGACAGCACAGGCGCGACCCCGCCGCGCGUGAGCGCGUGCUCCUCGGUGCAGCCAAGCCCACAAUCCUCGGCCUUCCCCAGCCCGGUUCCUUCGUACCAUGCGAGCCCGGCCUCGUCCUCAUACCCGAGUCCAACCCGGUUCGACCACAACCCGACCCGGUUCGACUCGAACCCCUCGGCCUACCUCCUCCCAUACCUCCAAAACCUGGCGUCCACCGGAAACCUACCUCCCCUGCGAAUUUCCAACAGUGCCCCUGUCACUCCGCCGCUUUCUUCCCCCAGAGGAUCGACCCCGAAGCUACCCCUGUGGCAAAUCAGUAAUUUCGCCGUCUCCGCCCCGUCCAGCCCGACACGGGGUCUACUCAAUCGCACCGCGAUUCCCGAAUGCGACGAGUCGGAGGUUUCGACGGUGGAUUCCGGUCGGUGGGUCUGUUUUCCGGCGGCUGUGGCUCCGCCGUCGCCGACGUUUAACCUGGUGGAACAAAGCUUAUUGGUAAAGCCGAGGGAGGGUGAGAAGAUUCACGAGGUCGGGGUGGAUGACUUGGAGCUCACGCUAGGAAACGCCAAAGCACGCGGUUGAGGAGGGGCAUUAUCGUAAAAUCACUACCAUUCGAUUGACCCGGUCAAUUUGAUCGAGCCUUCUCCUCCUCUAACCUUUUUAGCUUCUAGUGUUUCGUCGUGUUCUUCCUCUGUAUUUCCAUGUACAGGCCACUUGUAUUUCAAUCUAAUUUCAUUUUAAAUCAAAAGUAGUAGUUUAUAAAUUUA